UCCGUCCGUGUAGUUAAACGUUGAAUUUUCCUUUGUAAUUUCUAAACCUGGUGCACGAGAUAGUGUAUCAUAUUUCCAAGGACUGUAGGUGUGGAUUUGUCACAACGAUGGGAGACAAAGGAAUUUCAUCCUUGGGCCGGAUUCUCCGCAUUGCUGCCUUUUUUGUGACGCUGGGCCUCGUCCACGGAGAUCUCAGCUAUUCUCUUCCAGAGGAGAUGAAGCGCUUGUCUGUGAUUGGAAAUAUAGCCAAAGAUCUUGGCGUGGACCCGAGGAAACUAUCGUCCCGGAAAGCUCGGAUCGAUUUCGAGGACACUCGGAAGAGGUACUGUGAUAUGAAUCCGAACACCGGAGACUUGAUCACGUCGGAGAGAAUUGACAGAGAAAGCCUGUGUGACAAAAAGCCAGCGUGUGUGAUAAAAGUGGAUCUGGUGUUAGAAAAUCCCCUGGAGCUACAUCGCGUGAGUCUUCAUAUUCAAGACGUGAACGAUAACUCGCCACACUUUAAAAAUAAUUUAAUAGAGAUGGAAAUAGGAGAGUCGGCGGAAAAGGGCAGCCGUUUUUCAAUCCAGGAGGCGCAUGAUGCAGAUAUAGGUCAAAACGCUGUACAAAGAUACACGCUACAAAAUAAUGCUAACUUUAUUCUUGCUGUUGAUGACAAUAAAGUUGAACUUGUCCUCGAAAAUAAACUUGAUAGAGAAAAGCAAAGUGAGAUGAAUUUGCUUCUCACGGCUUUAGAUGGCGGCUCUCCUCAGAGAUCAGGUACAGUAGUCAUACACGUCACUGUGCUGGAUGCUAAUGAUAACGCCCCCGUCUUUUCUCGGGCAGUUUAUAAGGCCAAUCUACCUGAAAACUCUCCUCCAGAUACAAUAGUGAUUCAUGUUAGUGCUACCGAUGCUGAUGAAGGACUGAAUGGGGAAGUGACGUACGACUUUGGUCACGUGUCUGGCAGUAAUGUGAAUGUAUUUUCUAUUGAGCCCACAACCGGUGUAAUUAGAGUAACGGGUGCUAUUGAUUAUGAAGAUAAAAGUUCUUAUGAGAUGAGAGUGGAAGCUAAAGAUGGUUUAGGGCUGACAUCCUAUGCUAAAGUUAUCAUUGAUGUUACAGACGUUAAUGAUAAUGCCCCUGUAAUCAAUUUAAAGUCACUGUCUAAUCCAGUACCAGAGAAUGUACCACCCAGUACUGAGGUGGGCAUCAUUAAUGUGCAGGACAGAGACUCUGAGAAGAACGGACAGGUCCACUGCUCCAUUCAACAAAACGUCCCCUUCAAGUUAGUUCCUUCUAUUAAAAACUAUUAUUCUCUGGUGACUACUGGACAACUGGACCGUGAACUAGUGUCUGAUUACAACAUUACAAUCAGUGCUACUGAUGAGGGCUCUCCUCCUCUGUCCUCCUCUAAAAUGAUCCACUUAUCUGUAGCAGACAUCAACGACAACCCACCUGUGUUUGAGGAACAGUCCUACAGUGCAUAUGUGAGUGAAAAUAACAAAGCCGGCUCCACUUUAUGUUCCGUUAGUGCUCAAGACCCCGACUGGAGACAGAACGGUACCGUGAUUUAUUCUCUGUUAGCCGCCGAGGUGAACGGUGCCCCGGUGUCUUCCUAUGUUUCCGUUAAUGGAGACACUGGAGUGAUCCAUGCUGUCAGGUCUUUGGAUUACGAACACCUGAGGAGCUUCAAAGUCCACGUCAUGGCCAGAGACAAUGGUUCUCCUCCGCUGAGCAGCAACGUGAGCGUCAGUGUGUUCAUAUCGGACUUGAACGACAACUCUCCUCAGAUACUGUACCCCUCCCCGGAGGGCAACUCCUUCAUGACCGAGCUGGUCCCCAAAGCUGCACACGGAGGCUCUGUGGUGUCCAAAGUGAUAGCGGUGGAUGCAGACUCCGGACAGAACGCCUGGCUGUCCUAUCAUAUAGUCAAGUCCACGGAUCCGGGACUUUUCACCAUCGGUCUCCACAGUGGAGAGAUCAGGACCCAGCGGGACAUUUCUGAAUCUGACAGCAUGAAACAGAACCUGAUUGUGGCAGUGAAAGAUAACGGACAGCCCCCUCUCUCUGCCACCUGCUCCAUGUAUUUACUUAUUUCUGAUAACUUGGCUGAGGUGCCAGAACUGAAGGACAUUUCUUAUGACGAGAAGAAUUCCAAACUGACGUCUUAUCUGAUCAUCGCUCUGGUGUCUGUGUCCACCUUCUUUCUGACCUUCAUCAUCGUCGUCCUGGGUGUGAGGUUUUGUCGCAGGAGAAAGCCCAGACUGUUGUUUGAUGGAGCAGUUGCCAUCCCCAGCGCGUAUCUCCCUCCUAAUUACGCAGAUGUUGACGGCACAGGAACUUUACGCAGCAGCUACAACUAUGACGCCUACUUGACAACAGGUUCUAGAACCAGUGACUUUAAGUUUGUGUCUUCUUACAAUGACAACACACUGCCUGCCGACCAGACUCUGAGGAAAAGUCCUUCUGACUUUGUUGAUGAGCUUCAUGAUUCCUACGACCCCUUGGAGGUAGGAACCUGUAAAAAUCUUCCAUUGUAG